UGUCGGUAUAAUAACAUAGUCAACUUAUGUUACAUUUGUUAAUCAUACAUGCUUAUCAUGUUAUGCUAUACUAUGCCCAAGAGUUCCCACCCACUUCAUUUUCAAAAAAAAAAAAAAAAAAAAAAGAUUCUCAUUCUCUCUCUCAUCUCUCUCUCUCUCUCUCUCUCUCUCUCUCUCUCUCUCUCUCUCUCUCUCUCCCUAUAUAACUAGCCACAAGUCUAAACUUGCGCUAGCUCAUAAGAAUAUAGUUAAUAUAGUUUGUUCUACAUCUCACCACCCUUGUUCAAUCCUAUUCUAGGAUCUCUAACAGCACUACAAGUGAGUCUUCCUUUUCUUUCUUUCUUUCUUUCUUUGUAUUUACAGAAAACCCGAGCAUUUCAAAUUCGUUUCGUUCGUUUUGUUAAAAGAAACCAUGCGCGUGCAGCACAGGCGGAUGCGAUACGCAGAGACACGCGAAACUGAUUCUUCCUGGAAGUUCCUCUUCUUGUUGUAUCUCAACCUUCUUUGUUCUGGCUCCUGAUUCAUUUCCUUGUUAUUUUUCUUCUAGGCUUUAUUCUGUUUAUUCAAAAAUAAAAUAAAAAAGACAAGUUAAUAUGAAUGAUCAUCUAGCCUCCAUGUUUGGAUCGAUUAAGGAAAGUGAUCUAACGGCUAUAGAUGACACAUCAUAUGAUUUACAAUCGUCGUCAUCGUACCUUAAUUCCUCAGAAACCUACCUCACAUGUCUAUACCAGAACCUUUCUCAUGAGAGGUGUUACGAAGAGGAAGCGGAUGUGAAACCUUUUGACUAUCGUUUGACCGAUACAUUCUUUAACGAUCAAACAGCUGUCAAUGCCAAUUCAAAACUUGUUGCUAAUCCUAUGUACCCGGAUGGAUCCUAUGAAUUAGCUGUUACAGAGAUCAGACAAGUAUUGAAAUCGGUAUGUGACGCGCAUUGUUUGCCCUUGGCUCAAACAUGGAGCCCGUGCGCUCAACAAGGUCGACCCGGAUGCCAGAAUCAAUCUGCUGGUUGCAUGUCGAUCAUAAGUUCGGCGUCCUAUGUGUUUGAUCCUAAUGUUUUAGGAUUCUAUGACGCAUGCGCUGAGCUGCAUGUGGUUCGUGGUGAAGGUAUUGUUGGUAAAGCAAUUGGCACAAACCAACCAUGCUUUGCUACUGACAUCACGGGUUUUUGUACAAGUGAGUAUCCGCUAGCGGAGCAUGCUAAGGUGUUCGGGCUUGGUGGUGCGGUAGCAAUACGCCUACGAAGCACCUACACGGGACCCGCUGAUUUCGUUUUGGAGUUCUUUCUCCCUCGUGAUUGCAGAAGCGAUGAAGAACAAAAACAGAUGCUAAGUUCGAUAUCAUGUGUGAUGCAGCGUGUUUCCAGGAGUUUAUAUGUGAUGAAUGAUGAUGAAUUAGCGAAAGAAGAAGAAGAUUCGGUUUCGGUCAAAGGCGAGUCGUCUUGGAUUUCCGACAUGAUGGAAGCCCAACGGAGGGGCGAAAGUGUCAUCGUUUCCUUGGGGUCUCACAAAGAGGAACCACAAGAAUUCAAAGUGAUAAACCAAUGGGAUUAUAAUCAAUCAACAUUGACCGGAGACAGGAAGCAAAUUCAGACAAAUUUGAAACCGAAAGGGCGAAGACAGCCAUUGGCAACGAGACGAUCGGAAGAAAAGAGACGAGUAAAAGCCGAAAGAAACAUAAGUUUACCACUUCUCCAGCAAUACUUUCCGGGGAGUCUCAAAGAUGCUGCCAAGAGCAUUGGAGUUUGCCCGACAACUUUGAAGAGGAUAUGCAGGGAACACGGGAUAAUGAGAUGGCCAUCUCGAAAGAUCAAGAAAGUCGGCCAUUCGCUAAAAAAGCUCCAACUCAUCAUUGAUUCGGUCCAAGGUGCAGAAGGUACAAUUCAACUCGGAUCAUUCUACACAAACUUCCCGGAAUUAAGCUCCCAAAAUUCACCAAAUCCUAAACCGACUACUAGUGGAUGUGUCAAAAAGACAACAUCCGGUUCUUCAUCAUGUGGCAGCGACAAUUCUGGUUCUUCAACCCUUUGUUGUUCAAAAGAAAACAUUUCCAAUACACCUCAAGAUCAGAGGAGGUCAUUGUUGAAUGAGAAACAUGUGGACGAAGGUGUUUUUCGCGUAAACGCUGUUUGUGGUGAGCAGAAAAUAAGAUUGCAUAUGUCACAAGAUUGGGGGUUCGUAGAUUUGCAGAGAGAGAUAAUGACGCAAUUUAGCAUAGACGAUAUUAACAUUAUCACUAUAAAGUACUUGGAUGAUGACUCCGAGUGGGUGUUGUUGACUUGCGAUGCGGAUCUUGAGGAAUGCAUGGACAUACAUAUGGCUUCUAAGAAGUGCACAAUAAAAAUCUUCCUUUCCCAGUAUUUUCAUCAGGAUUCUGGAAGUUCUUAUAUUGGCAAUUGUUAAGGUUUCUUUAUAGGUUUUUGUGUGGAGUACACACAUAUAUAGAUGAAUUUAUAUUUUCAAAUAUAAAUCCACCCGGGCGUUAUUUGGUUGGCCCGUGUUUUUCCAUGGUGUUGAUUGAAAACUUAUGUUUGUGAAGAGCUAUUUUACUAUAACAAAUAAUAAUGAGCCUUCAUAGCUUUGUGACCAGAAGUUUGAAUGAUUGUAUUGAGUUUAUAUUAUUAAUACCUGGAAAUCUUGUUUUACAUCC